GCGAGUUAUUCAAUUUUGUGAAAAUUCUAUACCAAGUACAAACGUAUUUGUCGUGCAUCAACUCGUCAAUAUUAUGGCAAAAUCGUUCUUUUUUACCAUCUUUUCAAUAGGUUGCUUAAUAACUCAAGCUAUAUGCGGAAGACUCGAUGCGGAAAACAAUCAGCUUGAACUCUCUGAGAGCCAAAGUCUUACCGAUAGCCUAUUUUUGUCCUGUUUGCUGCUCAAAAGUGUUUCCGCAUGCAAUGAAACAUGCUCGUUGAUCGGAUCAAUCUAUGGCCAACCGAUUUCUUCACCUUCAGGGAUCUGCAGCGAAUAUGGCGAAUGCAAGUGUAACCUUUUACCAAAAGCCUCUCUGGAUGACUACUGGAAUAAGAAAUUUGACAGCAUUUCGAAAAACGUGCUUAAAGAAAUCCGCAAAGAUAAUGCGCUUUCUAAGAAAGUCCUCGCUGUGUUGAAAAUCCCAUUUCAAACGUAUCAAGAAACCAUAUCCGCUCUAAAACCGCUCUUGAAAGCGAAACAGCUGAAGAAUCUUCAUCCCAAGGACAAAGAAGCUCAGAAUAUAUUCGUCGCCGAUGAUAAAUUUAAAGCUGUUGAAAACUACGUCGCCAAGAAUCUAAGAUCAGAGAAAUCUGCAGAUGGUAAUGAUACUAAGAAAUACCUAAGCAAAGUGAUACAGAGCGCUGACGGUACCUACUUCAAUCGUAUCUACCAAGAAGUAUGUCGUUCACAAAAUGAACUCUUGAUCGAAGCUCUAAAUGAGCGGAACAGAAACCUCAGUAUUGACUCUGCUGCGUGUUCCCGUAAAGAAGAUGAAGGAAACGUGAUUCGUCUGAUAGAUGUAGCAGCGGUUAAUAAGUUGAUCAAACUACCGAGUAGUGAACCAUCUAAUCAAACUGAUUCCAGCUCUAAACCGAAGAAAUCAAAGAGAAAAGCUCAAUCUUCGAAAAUAAGUAACUAUUUGGAGUAGGGUAGUCUCCAUAUACCUAGCAUGACAUUUAUGGGAAAUAUAAAUUCCUUUUGACUAA